CCAUCUCAAAGCAUUUACACUUGUUGUACAAUAUUUCUCAAGCUCUAUAGCUGUUGCAACUGAAUAAUAUACGUAUAAAUAACAAAAUUAUAUGUAAAAAUAUGUUCAUAUAACAUACCAAAUAGCAGUUUCAACCCCUCGUCUCUCGAUCUCUCUCCAUUUUUGGGACCACGCCUCACGCGCCAUCCAUGGCUUCCCAACCGACACUCCCAAUCUCCCAAUCCAACCCAGGAGGCGGUGCCCCUGCCCCGUCGCAGUCAGCGAUCGCCACGCCCGCUUUACGCGCGUUCCUCUCACGCCUCUCGAACUCUGUCCGCUAUGGCUUCUCGCAGCGCCGCUCCUGGUCCGAGCUUCUCGAUCGGAGCUCUAUGUCGAGACCCGAUUCCCUCUCCGAAGCCUACUCCCGGAUCCGGAAGAACGUCCCUUAUUUCCGCGUGAACUACGCAAUCUUAGUCGGCAUCGCCCUCGCACUCUCGCUCCUCUCCCAUCCCUUCUCCCUCAUCGUUCUUCUCUCACUCCUAGCCGCCUGGGCUUUCCUAUACCUCUUCCGGCCGUCCGAUCAGCCUCUGGUCAUUCUCGGCCGUACGUUUUCCGAUACGGAAACCCUCGUCGGCUUGGUCUUGUUGACGGUGAUCGUCGUCUUCGUCUCCAGCGUCGGAUCGCUUCUGAUCUCUACUCUGAUGGUAGGAUUCGCCAUUGUGUGCGCUCACGGUGCGUUUAGGGUUCCGGAGGAUCUGUUCCUUGACGACCAAGAUAAUCCAAACACCGGCUUCCUCUCAUUCCUCGGUGGUGCCGCAGCCGCCGCUCCGUCCCUCGCCGCACGUGUGUAGGGGAAAAUUUUGCCUCCUGCAACAUGCCAUAGUUAUGGUCUCAAGGUUUGUUAGAGAGAAUUUGUUGUACUCAUGGCUCUUUAUUGAUGAUUCUUACUUUCUUUUUAGAAAGAAAGUUUUUAUAUUUGGCUAUUGUAGAUUGAAUCUUUAACUAAUUUUGUUCGGAACUGCCUGAAGAUGUAAGCUUUUCCGAUUUCGUAUUGAAUUUUUUUAUAGUUAUUGCUAUGAUAAUCCAGCUUGUGCAUUUAUUUA